UCCUUCCCUCGCUUUGGAUGCAGAUCAUCUUUAUCUUUCUCUUUCUUCUUCGUUUCUAUAAACCUUCGAAAGGGGUCAACUUUCCUGCUUUCGAAAGCGCGAAUCUCCUGUCUUUCUCCCUUUUCCACAACCCCUUUUCUUUGGGGCCACCCUUUCUGGCUUCUGCAACGACGACGACGUGUUUGAGAAAUUAAGUACAUACGUCCACCUCAGCCUCAGCCUCAGCCCUCAGGGGAUAACUUAUUUAGAUCCUCGGCACCCUCUUCGCCAUUCUCUCUUAUCUUCUAAAACGACUCCUCGUUUAUGGACGAUCUCAUCAUCUUCCGCACAAUUUCAGCUACCACCCCUUUCAAAACUAUACACAACAUUUUCAUCUAAUAUUUAUUUAUUGCCAAUGUCAAUAUCUCGAUGGCUUGUCAUCUUACCUAUGCUUUUGUGCUUGUUCCCAUCUGGUUCAUUGUCAAUAGACGAUUUUCGCAAAACAUUUCGUAUAGUAGAACCUGAUCCUGGCCAUACAAAGCUUCGUAUUUCCAAGGAAGGAUUGGAUGUCAUUGAGAGAAUAACCACGCCCAUUGCUGCUGUUGCUGUUAUUGGUCCAUAUCGUUCCGGAAAAUCUUUUCUGCUGAAUCAACUUCUAUCUCUUUCCUGUUAUGAAGGAUUUGGCGUUGGGCAUAUGCGUGACACAAAAACAAAAGGAAUCUGGGUUUGGGGCAGUCCAAUGGAAUUGGAAAUUGAUGGAGAAAAAACUUCAGUUUUCUUCCUUGAUACUGAGGGUUUUGAAAGUAUUGGGAAGUCAAAUGUAUAUGAUGAUCGGAUCUUUGCUCUGGCAACAGUGCUGAGUUCUGUCCUAAUUUACAACCUGCCUGAAACGAUUCGUGAGGCUGAUAUUUCUCGAUUAUCAUUUGCUGUUGAGCUUGCUGAAGAGUUCUAUGGAAGAGUGCAGGGGAAAGAUGUUGCCUUUGAACCUGCAAAACUGUUGUGGCUUAUCCAACGCGAUUUUCUUCAAGGGAAAUCUGUACAAGAAAUGGUACAAGAAGCUCUUAAGCAUGUCCCCAAUUUGGAUGGUAACAGAAAUAUUGAUCAGGUCAACCAGAUACGGGAUUCGUUGGCCAUCAUGGGUGACAACAGCACAGCUUUUAGUUUACCUCAACCUCAUCUACAACGGAUAAAGCUUUGUGAUAUGAAGGAUGGUGAACUUGACCCCAUUUAUAUUAAGAAGAGAGAAGACUUAAAGAAACUUGUUGUUUCUUCUAUCCGUCCCAAAAUUGUUCAAGGCAGACACCUGAACGGGAAGGAGUUUGUUUCUUUCCUGGAAAAGAUCCUCGAAGCUUUGAAUAAAGGAGAGAUUCCAUCAACAGGCUCACUCGUGGAGGUCUUUAAUAAGGAUGUGACGGAACAUUGUAUGAAACAUUACAAUGACAAAAUGGUUAAAUUGAAAUUACCCCUUCCAGAGAAAUCUCUGGAAAAGUAUCACCAAGGACAUAAAGGGGAAGCCAUGAAAAUGUUUGAUGAACAGCAUUUUGGCCGGAAUCAUGCUAAGAUAUCUGUAGAGAAACUGGUUGGAGAGAUUGAGAAGGUCUACAGGAACUUUGUAAUGGCAAAUGAAUACCAGUCUUCAAGAUUAUGUGAAUCAUUGUUUACCCAAUGUGAAGAUAAGAUGGAUCAGCUUCAAAUCCUUAGACUUCCUUCCAUGGCAAAAUUUAAUGCGGGUUUUGUCCAGUGUAAUCAAAGCUUUGAGAGUGAGUGUGUAGGACCUUUGAAAAACAGCUAUGAGCAUCGGAUGAUGAAGAUGUUGAACAAGUCGAAGUCUGUGUUCAUUAAGGAAUACAACCACAGACUUUUCAAUUGGUUGGUCACAUUCUCACUGGUCAUGGUUGUGAUUGGCCGGUUUAUCAUAAAGUUUAUUUUGGUUGAGAUUGGGGCAUGGAUACUCUUUAUCUUCUUGGAGACAUAUACAAGGUUGUUUUGGUCCCCGGAAUCACUUUAUUACAAUCCAUUUUGGCAUGCUAUUGUAACAACAUGGGAAACACUUGUUUACAGCCCCAUCAUUGAUUUGGACAGGUGGGCUAUUCCCUUUGGUGUGGUACUAUCUUUAUUUGCUCUUUAUUGGAGAUGUUAUGGAGGGAGUCAUGGGCAACAUUGGCUUUUACCUCUUUACAACAACAAUCAGAAGGAUCGCCAAAGAUCAGAAUAGGGGGUGGGGUGGGAUGGAUGGAGGGUUGCCAAGAUCUAUUAUUGUACAAUCAAAUGGAAUUAUAUCACAACACCAUCAUCAGCUGACUACAAACAUUGGAUAUGCUUCUUAAAGUUACCUACAACAUUUUCAGGGAUAGUUUUUAUACUGAAAAU